GGCCGACGUCGGGCUCCGCAACAACCAACCCGACGUGUUCGACAAAGUGCACGAUUCACUUGAGCCCUGUGUCUGGUCAGCACGACAAGUCGGCCGCAUCCUGCGGAUCGCCCAUUCCAACCAUCUGAUCCUGCGCAAAUGCUGGAUGUUCAUCAACACCUCGUAUUGCAAGUGUAACGUUCUGCUCUACUUUGCCGCCUGCCGGCUUCUGAGUUCCACUCAUUUCGGACACAAUCGACCAAGACCUCGAGGCGGCGAAAAUGUGCAUGGGCAUCCUGGAAUCCUGCCGGCCGUACGACCACGCCGCUGACCAGGACCUGAAGAACCUCACUCCUCUUUAUGAGCGGCUUGUGUUACUGUACCGGUCAAGAAGUUCGGCAACAAACACCCACACCCAUGCCCAUACCGUCGGUAUUCCGCACGGCGAGACCGAGAGUCUUCGCGGGCUCAUCUCUGCAAGCGCCGAAUAUCUCCUUCGUCCGUUCGACGGUGGCGUCCGUCUAGAAGUGCAGUCGGUCAAUGAUAUUUUCACCGGCUUCCUCAGAUCGCCCAUGUCGUGCCGUUCGUCCUCAGUGGGAAUCGGAACCGGAAUUGACGGUCAUCAAUCCUCGCGGUCUCUGUCCGAGAGUAUAUCGACUUCCUCAAAGGACGGCAUUCAACACUACUUCCUCAACGAUUCCAUCGGCGCAAGCGGGUCCAUGGGCAAAAGGGGGCACCGAUGAACAGAAUGCCGUCCGAAACUAGACCACAUAUGACGUCCAUGAAAGAGGUUCUUAACGAUGGCAAGCGAAAGAGUCAGGGGUCUUGUUCCCACCUAGCCCUGAAGCUCUAUGGACCAGCCCAGCACACACGGUAGUAUCAGUAGCCAGCCAACCUUGGAUACCUCGGGGACAUGG